CAAAAAAUUUGAAAAUGAUUCGAACUGUGAAACCUUAUAACACAGCAAGAACUGCUGAAAUCAUGUCUAGGUACAGGCCAAUAGCGCCAAAGCCUGAGGCUGGACAAGAGAAUUCAGGCUUGAGUGAAAAUUCCGGCGUGCCUCAGAGUAUGAGGAGGUCACCUUAUUUGAGAAAUGUUUGGAAUCACUUGCAGGCGAGGCCCACGAGGACCAGAAAGAGAGGGAGGAGUUCUUUUGCACCACCGGCACCGGCGAUGAAAAGGGCCAGGACUUGUCUUCAAGGGCUCUCGCCGCCGUAUAAAGUAACGAAUUCACCAGCCAAGAAUUUAGCCAUUCUUGGAUUUGCCCAUAACCCUAAUGGUAUUGCUCAAAUUCCUCUUUUACCAAAUCUUGUUUCGCGUAAAUGUGGGCUGGAUUCAAUUGUAACCACCCCGGCUGAUUCUGUCGCUCUUCCUGUCCUGCGGUGCACCGCCACCCAAAAUCCUGAAGGGAAGAAACCCGAAAUUGAUUUGAACAUGGCGGUGGAAUAUUCUGAGGAAUUGGAUUUCAUGCCACAAUCAAAACCGGCCAAUCCAGUCGUUAUUACACCACGAGCUGUUCGUCCCAUCGGCUCCACCAUAAGUGUCAAAAGCAUCAGCGAGAAUCCAGGGCAACGAGCCACUGCUACAGGCAAGCAAGUGUUGAAGAAUCCGGCAGAAGUGGAGGAGGAGGUUGAGUUCGAGGCAAUGCCAGCCGUCGUAUCUGAUUCAAACAAUAGGGUUAGACUGACAAAUUCUGCUUACAAGAAAAUGGUGGGUCAGCCCGAAUGCUGCUGGCUCGAUUUCAUUCCUUCCUACGAUGGUAGUGGUGCGUGCAAGAGAAUCAGUGGAGAGGUUGUGCUACGACUCGAGGAUUCGUGUUUUUCUCUUUCAUUGAAUGGUUUUAAUUGCUGGGUGAAAAUUGAGUGGGCAAGCAAUGGAAAAAGUAGUAGUGUGACUGCCUUUUGUGAAGCUAUGAAAUUGGAUUGUGAGGCAAAGGAUUAUCAGUUCUUAUGGAGGUUCCAUAAGAGUGAAGCUUCAAAUUCUGGUUCCAAUAUUUGAAACCUGUAAAUGUUGAAACAGCCAGAAUAGACUAUAGAAGUUCUCUAAAUAUAUAUACACAUGUAAAAUGGAGGUAGCUACUGUCUAUCUCUGAAAAAAACUGUAUCAUCUUCCUGUUUUUUUCUUAUAUAUAAGAAAUGGAAUUAAUUUAUGUAAAUAUUAGCAGGUAUAAAAUGUCUUGUUUUUUCCUUAA